UUGCUCAAGUUAGGUGCCCUCAGUCAUAUAUUGAAGUCGUGAAGUCUUGGGCUGUGUUCCAAAACUCUAUUCGACGGGUAGAGUAGCAUUUCAUUGACCAAUAAGAACAAAGAUAACUAGAAUUUCUUUAUCAUAAUUGGUCAAUUAAAUGUACUCUACUCACUGAGUAGAAUUUUGGAACGCAGCUCUAAAGUCAGCUGCUGUCACUAUACAAACAUGGCGACGAUGGUGCUCGUUUGAAGAGUUUCGAAGCGUUUUUACUCCUUUUGCUAUAACAGAGCUUAAUUGUUGAACGGAUAAGGGCGACGAUUACAAUGGGCAACGCCGACACAAAACUAAAUUUCCGUAAGGCUGUAGUGCAAUUGACGUCGAAAACUCAGGUGAUUGACGCAUCAGACGAUACAUUUUGGGAUCAGUUUUGGUCCGAGAACGUUACGAAUGUUCAGGACAUCUUCACUCUGAUUCCGGCUCCAGAGAUUCGUAUAUUGAGGGAAGAAGCACCUUCCAACUUGGCAACAUUGUGUUACAAGGCAGUUGAGAAGUUAGUCAAGGCAGUAGACAGUAGCUGCAGGACUCAGCGAGAACAUCAGACUGUCCUGAACUGCUGCCGCUUACUUACACGUUUGUUACCUUACAUAUUUGAGGAUUCUGAUUGGAAAGGCUUUUUCUGGUCCAGCCUGCCUGGGAAAGAUAAUGAAGAGAGUUUACCAUUGGCCCAUUCCCUGUUGAAUGCACUUUGUGAUUUAUUGUUUUGUCCUGAUUUUACUGUAGCUGCUAGUAGAAAGUCAGGGCCGGAUAAAGCUGAAGAGCUACAAACUAUAGACAGUUGCGAAUAUAUCUGGGAAGCAGGAGUAGGUUUCGCGUAUUCACCACCCAGAUACCCCAUUCUGGACUCGAACCGUACGGAAUUGCUGAAACUUCUGUUGACAUGCUUCAGUGAAACAAUGUACAAUCCGCCAGUGGAUCUGUCGGUCAUGCCAAACAGAUGGAUUCAACACUUAACCAGCAGCGAAAACAGACAUGUAUUGCCCAUGUUCACAUCACUGCUGAACACUGUAUGUGCGUAUGAUCCAGUCGGUUAUGGAGUACCAUAUAAUCACUUACUGUUCACCGAUUCCUUGGAGCCUCUAGUCGAUGUCGCGCUGCAGAUUCUAAUCGUGACUCUGGAUCACGAUACUACCGGCGGAGCGCCGUUGGAGGAAGGCACGAUCGGAGACAACUUGUUCAUCAAUUAUUUGAGUCGAAUUCAUCGCGAUGAAGAUUUUCAAUUUGUCUUAAGGGGUAUCACCAGGUUGUUGAACAAUCCCUUAAUGCAAACUUAUCUACCGAAUUCGACCAAGAAGGUGCAUUUUCAUCAGGAAUUGUUGGUUUUCUUUUGGAAGAUGUGCGAUUAUAACAAGAAGUUCCUGUAUUACGUGUUGAAGAGCUCAGACGUUCUCGAGGUUCUCGUGCCGAUACUUUAUCAUUUAAAUGAUUCGCGCGCUGACCAAUCACGGGUUGGCUUGAUGCAUAUCGGUGUAUUUAUCUUGCUUCUCUUGAGCGGAGAGCGCAAUUUCGGAGUGAGACUGAAUAAGCCAUAUACAGCUACAGUGCCUAUGGAUAUACCCGUUUUCACAGGAACGCAUGCUGAUCUUUUAGUCACUGUAUUCCAUAAAAUCAUCACGACUGGCCACCAGAGACUGCAACCGUUAUUCGACUGUCUCCUGACAAUCUUGGUCAAUGUUUCGCCGUAUUUAAAAACCUUGUCUAUGGUAGCUAGCACAAAGUUGUUGCAUUUAUUGGAGGCAUUCAGUACACCGUGGUUCUUGUUCUCAGCGCCCACUAAUCACCACUUGGUGUUCUUUUUAUUGGAGAUUUUCAACAAUAUUAUCCAAUAUCAGUUCGAUGGGAACAGCAACUUAGUCUACACUAUAAUACGCAAGCGGCAAGUGUUUCAUGCGCUCGCAAACCUGCCCAGCGACUGCAACACGAUCGCAAAGUCUCUUAGUAAGAGACAGCGUCGUCAUGUACCCGCCAGCACAUCCAAUGAGAACGUCAGCGAAGCUGCGAUGGAAGGAUCGCAUCCCGCGCAACCUGCUGAGCCCGGUACUUUGAAGGCGUCCUUAUUGGAGACUCCAGGUAUCGAAAAGAUGACAGAGAAAGAAUCAGCGCAUCCGCUGAGUCCAGCAGCAAGCGUCGACAUCGGUAAGUCCAUCAACAAUCGCGACAGCAAGACACCAAACGAUAUGGAGGAGGAUUCGACGAGCGUGAUCAAGAAUUCCGUGGUACCGAAGGGAGGCAUUCGUGUGGCAGAGCAGACAAAUAAUUCCAAUGUUAACAACGUGAAUCAAUGGGUACCAUCCAGCGACUGGGUAUACCAGUGGAAGAGCAAGCUUCCCUUGCAGACCAUCAUGCGACUGCUUCAGGUGCUUGUGCCGCAGGUUGAAAAGAUCUGUAUCGACAAGGGACUGACUGACGAGAGCGAGAUCUUGAAAUUCCUGCAACACGGUACCUUAGUCGG